CGCCCGACGCCGCGCCUUCCGCCAUGCUGUCCAGCCUCAGGCGCCUACGUAGACGGAGCUCGAGCAACGGCCCCAGCAAACCUGGAGGCGGCGCCGUUGCCGGUUCUUCGCCCGCUGCGGGCAACGCGGGGACGGCCGGCGCCGGCGCGGGCACCGUCGUCAACAGGUCCGCCGACUGGGCCGACAUGGACGCGCCGCUGCACCCGCCGCCACCGCACGCCUACAACUUCCGUGUCGGCAUCUACGGCUGGCGCAAGCGCUGCCUCUACCUGCUCAUCCUGGGCCUGCUCGUCAUGGUCAUCGUCAACCUCGCGCUCACGCUCUGGGUGCUCAAGGUCAUGGAGUUCUCCUCGGAGGGCAUGGGAUCGCUGCGCAUCGUGUCGGGCGGCGUGCAGCUGCGCGGGCAGGCCCUGGUGAUGGACACCCUGCUGGCCUCGUCCAUCCGGUCUCGGCGCGGCUACCCGCUGCUGUUCGAGUCCUCCAGGAACUUCACCGUCAAGACCAGGGACCACAACGGCCGGGUCGCCAGCAGCCUCUUCCUCAACGGUGAACGCCUCGACGUGGCCUCCCAGUCGUUCCGCGUGACCGACCCCAAGGGACAGCUGCUCUUCCACGCCGACCGGCACGAGGUGGUGGUGGGCGCCGACUCGCUCAGGGUCUCCGGUGAGGGCGGCGCUGUAUUCGACGGCUCGGUCCAGACGCCACUGGUUCGAGCAAAUCCCGGAGAGGAGCUAAUGCUGGAGUCGCCGACUCGCUCCAUAGAGAUCCAGGCGCCGUACGGAGUGUCCAUCGAGUCCAGGGCGGGCGACAUCAGCGCCGCCUGCCUCACCAACCUCAAACUGCAGUCGCUGGCUGGAGCGGUGCGGCUGGACUCCCCCAACGUGUACAUGCCGGGCCUGAAGACGGCGCACGUGCACGGGCACGGAACUCGAGCGCCGCCGCCCCCGCAGCCGGUGUACCAGCUGUGCGUCUGCGCCACCGGCAAGCUCUUCAUGGCGCCCGCCACCGGCGCCUGCGCCAUCGAGGAGACCUCCACGGUCUGCCGGUGAAGGCCCGACAGCUACUGCACUCCCGCCAUCUGACACCACCACCGAUGGUGCCUGCGGAAGCUCACAACAUCAACUACGACCCACAAUUUACAUUCUGGUCCAAGUGCAGCUCUACCCUUCACUUCCACGGACACCAGUAAAAACUCCAUUUAGCUGCUCAGCUAAUAAAUAGCCUUAUAUGGAACUACGACAGUUACCAGAAUGAUAAUACAGUGUUAAGGAUAUAAUUUUCGUUAAGGUUCACUAUUAUUGGUCAUUCUGGUCAUACCUUAUUAUCACCCCCACAUGUUUACGUGGCUCCAGUAACGUCAAUGGCAUCUCACGUUUUGGACCAAACCGUUCACUUCACCAAUAAUAUGUAUGCUUCAACAACUGGCGCGUACUUCAGUUAAAAGUUCUGGGCUCAGGGGCUGUGUUCGAUGAAUGCAAGUAUUCACUGACAUUUCGUCCUCAUAUGCGAGACACAUACUCAGAGGUAGAAAUCGACUACUGUAGUUUUCCAUACAGUGUCUGAUUUAUCUCUGAAGAUGUGUCCUAAAGAUGUGGAGGAAACUGCAGAGACUAGUUUUGUACAUCGAUCACGGCCUCCCUGCCCGUUUAUUUAAGUGGCAACACACUUCGUUUCGAACACUCCAGGUUACACGGCCAGCACUGGAAAAAGGAGAACCCAUGGAGUUAACAGUUAUUUCGUGAUGACCAACCGCAUUCACAACUUCACUGUAUUCAAUACUAUGACAAAUAUGAUAUUUUUAAUAAAACGGCUCACGAGAAUUGGACUUUUUUUAGCGUGUCGAACAGGCAUAAAUACACAUUCUGUCAAUCACAGAAAGAAGUCAGGAUUCAUCCUUCACAUUCCUAUUUCAGUUUUCUUUUAAAAACUUUCUUAUUCAGACAUAUCAAGGGUACGGUAUGCCACAUGAAAAUUAGACCACCUGAUUCGCUAGCUUCAUUUUCUUUUAUUUCCUUGAGGGAGAAAUCACGCUCCAUUGGUAUGUCCAGCACUUCAACACUGGGGUUUGCACUUUCACAUUUCUCCCGUUCCUGCAGAUUCUCUCGUUAUCCACAUAAGCACUUGUAACUCUUGAUUAUGCGCCAUUAUUGAGCUUCUUCCUCCUUUUUGUCAGUUGAUAAUUUCUGCUGCCUUUGGUAGUUGUGGUUGCUACAAAACUGUAACUUGUCAACCAAGUGGUGAAAAAAAUCAGGAGUUGUAAACAGGCUCAUAAUUCCCUUACCACCAAUUUUUUUUUUCUAAGACUUGAUAUGUAUAUAAGUGAAAGGCUCGUGUAAUCUGAAGUAUGAAAACUCCUAAACGCUAUAAACACUAUGUGGUACUAGUAUCUCCACUCUGCUCACACAUUUCUCUGCAUUCAUUAAUCUGCGUUUGUUGUAGGUUACCAUUUAAUUUUUUGACUGCUUAUAGGUGAAACCUCGUAUUGAAAUCUCAGCUGACAUAUGAAUUGCAUACUAAGAGCCAUAAAGUUUGUUCGGCAGCGGCUGAAACCUCUCAACUACCUUUCAGUUCUAUCUUUGUUUAUUAGAAGCGUUAUUUAUGUUUCGCAACCAACAAAAAAAUGUUCAAAUGUGUAUGAAAUAUUAUGGGACUUAGCUGCUAAGGUCAUCAGUCCCUAAGCUUACACACUACUUAACCUAAAGUAUCCUAAGGACAAACACAUACACACCCAUGCCCGAGAGACGACUCGAACCUCCGCCGGGACCAGCCUUACAUUCCAUGACUGCAGCGCCCGAGACCGCUCGGCUAAUCCCGCGCGAUGCAACCAACAUUAAGAAUUUUAUUUCAGAAGUUUAUACCAAGAGAUCAUCUGUCUUAUAACACUUGCAGCUUUGUGCCUCAAAACUGUUGUCUUCUUUGGUGAAAGGUGCUUGGUGAUAAUGAUUGCAUUCCUUAAUGGAAUGCUAUAACCUCUUUAGUCUGUUGCGUUUCUCAGUCUUUAUAUAUUUUAUUAUCAAUUUCUUACCUAUUGACCCUGA